AUGUGUCGCAUCCACAAGGGCCGAUCCAAAGCCUAUCCGUCCUACGAUGUCGCUUGCAAAGUUGUUUCUGGAAAAUUAGCCAUUGCUAGGCUGCGCCAGGAGGCUGGAUAUAUUUUCGGCUAUGCCAUCUGCAAGGCGACGCCGUUCCUGUCUGUUACGGGCUCUUCGAAGGAGAACUCGCAGACGGUCCCUCAGCCUGUCUUAUCAUAG